UUUGCAAUAUUUUUUACUGGAUGCGGCAUGCGUUUUGAAGAAUAAUGAGCUUUGGUCGGACCGUGUACGAUUUUUUUGGCGCCCACAGGAAUUUUUCGCCCAGGACAGGUUGGAGGUCUAAAAUCGCCGCCUUGGCGAAAAUUAAAAGACUGAAAUAUACGUUUGCAUAUCCCGACCCUCUAAAGUUUAACUAAAGUUUUUAUAAUAUUUCUAUGAUGGUCACGAUCGACCUUUGGUAUGGGACUACUCAUUGUAAAAUUUUCAAAAUUAAACAUUAACAGGAACAGGAAUUGUAGCUGAAUUUGUCGCAGUCCGUGUAGUAAAAAAAUGACUGGGGAGAAAUUAAAUCAACACCCUUUAUAAUCACAUGACUUGUGGCGUGGUGACGUUACCUUCUCUAACUUGCAAAAUCACAAUUUUAUUGUACUUAGAUAUAAAUAUGCAAGUGGAAAUUACGCCAAGAACUUGUUCUACCGACAAUAAUGACACACCUCUAUGGUACUUUGUCCUCACGUUAAUUGCAGAGAUUAUCCGUAACCCUGACAAUUUUAUUGCUGGCAAAUACACGUUUGAGUUUUUAAGUUACGUAAAUUCUUGUUUUUAUGGUAUAAAUUAAAUAAAAGUAUGUAGCUCCUGGAAUCUGGUAUCUGUGGAAUUAACACAUGAGAAAAAGUAGAAAUUUAUUGCAGCUAUUUCGUUCAGUUGGUAAAAAACGCUGAAGCCAGUCAAGUCUACAAAAAUCGCCUUACUUUAAUAAACCAUCUAGACACGGAAAUUACAACUUAACCACUACGCCAAAAUGCCCAUCCCGAAAACGUCAAAGCCGGAAGAAACUGGCAGCUUAAAAAUUGUGAACUAUUCGUCAUACAAACCUUACUAUGAUUCCAUAUGGAAACGGAUGGAAAAUCCGUGCCCGAAAGCACGUGGCGUCUCUGUCCCUCGUAACUCUGGCCUUGAUAAGGACUGCACUCAGAGCAAAAUCGCUAAACGCGGUGUCUAUAUAUGACCUCACCGGUUUGGUAGCGAUUUGCUACAGAGUUGUAGUUGGGGGGCCAGGAAGCAUACAUAGCAGCAGCGGUGGAUUCGACGAGAAUUGAGGGGUCCUUAUUUCCCCCAGAAAUGGACGAACUUGUCAUGACAACAGCAAUGAUUUACCACAAGGCUGACUUGCUGGAAAAUUGUGUCGCAGAAAACAUGAAAGACGCCCCACUCAUUCAGAGAAACGUUACGCCGUACGAAUUUAUGGAAUCUAGAUGGUGGGACGCCGCAAUGGCGCCAUACUUUAAACUGCCUCUCGCUUUUGAUGGCGGGGCUGGUGUGCCGGUGGAUGAAAAAUGGGCUCCUUUAGGGACAAGAAUUUGCGUUUAUAUUCGUAAAGCUGUUGACAUUCUUAUUCGUCACAAUGAACUCGUUGAUAUUUUCCACGAUUUACGUUCAAAGGAACCGAUGAAUGAGGUACAUCUUGCGGCGCGCUAUGGCGGUCUUGCCGCCGUAAAAAAUUACGCUGUCGCGUGCGCCGCAUGUGUCGACGAGGUCGCGACAUGCAAAUGUAUCGCGGGAGACGUUAGUCACGACUAUGCUACCGAUCUCGCGAUCGGUUCCGUUGCCUGGUAUCCCAUCGUACCGCAUUACAGGGUUUUAACUCAGCUGGCGGAAACGAGGCAUUUGACAAGGUCGAAGUAUACCGCCCUUGCAGCGAAAACAAAUCAUGGCGCUUUCAUAACGAGUGACAUGGCUGACUCGGGGGAACACGGGGCGUUCCAUAACGACGAGUGGGAAAGUUUGACGACAUUAACUUCACUCGAACCGUUCAUAUCGGGAGAAUGUCAGCAUUGCGGGGUGAUUAGCGACUGGGUCAUAAAUCGCUGUCUUUAUCGAGACGAUAGAAAGGAGAAGGGGAAAACUCUUAGAAAAUUUGUGAUGGACGCGUUACAUUUAAAACGAGAUAAAAAGAUGGAUGGAUUCUUUGGGGAGAUUUUGACCAUAGCGGCAGGAGAUGAAUUUCCCGCCUUUUUAGUGAAGCAGUGCAUUACAGCGGUGGAAGCAGUUUGGCAAACCCUUCGUGCCGCUGGGACCGAUCUCCCACCAAAUGUGGUGGCUGGACAAGUUGUCGAAAACCAUGUCCGGAUAGAUAAAGCUUUCAUUGAAACGCAUAACCAUCCUGGAGCGCAUGCCCUAAGACGAGCCUUAAGCGGGACGUUAAGCAUAAUGAUGGAUCGGACAGAUGUGUCGCCGUACCCGCGAAUUUUAGAUGCAGCUGUGAUCCAUUCAAUUAAAAUGGGAAGUGUAAUUAACCAUGGUAAAGUCUAGUAAUGGUAUUUUAUGUUGAAGUUUGGG